AUAACGUAACCCGUGAUGGUGUCAAGCAGCAACUUGGCGUCGCGCGUACGAGUUCACGCGAGGUAGUCGUGAUGAUUGUUCCUCAUCUUCGUCAGAAAUGACACUACGCUUGUUGACGGAGCGAACGGUAGCAAGUUGGCCUCUUUAUCAAGCCUGUCUGAUCGCAAGUUGGGGAUAGCUGCGUCGAUCUGUGACAUUUGUACGCGAGCCCGAGUUUAUCUCCGGGGGCCCGAGGUGUUGUGGUUUUAGUCGGCCCAGCUGAUUGAUUCCCUCGCAGCUUUCGAGGGACAGCCAAGAACGUCGCCGACUCUGCGCGUAUCCAAUGCGUUUCUGCCGUCAGAAUGGGCUUCUACCUCCAGUUGCGGCUACUGCUGUGGAAAAACUACACGCUGAAGAAACGAAAACCUCUGGUGCUGCUGUUCGAGCUAGUCAUACCGCUAGUCUUGUUCUUCAUUCUCAUUGGCAUACGGAAGAAACAGCCUGCUUAUCCAGUGGGAUCCUCUUCCUUCCCGGCCUUUCCACUUCCCUCAGCUGGAGUCAUAGCCGUGAUGCAGGCUUUUUGUGAUAAUGGUAUCAGGGACAGCGACGGAUUCGCUACAUUUCCCAACAGCACGGUGACGUCCUUCCUGGAACGGCUGAAGAAUGUGUCAAAGCACCACAACUUCUUCCAGCCGGGCUUCACCCUCGGGGAGAUGGACCUCAUCCCGUCCAUCUUCAAGACCAUAGUGGAAGACCCCGUGGCCCUGCAUGACCGCUUCGCCCAGGCCCCCGCCAUGAGAAUGGACUACUUCCUCAAGGACCCCAAGGAGCUCAAGGAAGUUCUGGUGAACAACCUGUCGUUGCCGUCGAGAGAUCUGGACAUCCUGCUGAACUCCUCCCUGGACAUGAAACAAGUGUACCUUUCGGUGUUUGGUCGACAACAGGAGGACCUCGUGAAUGUGGUGAACACGUCGCCCCAGUCCCCGCAGCCGUUGCCCGUCCCCCAAGCUCUCCGCCGGCUUGUGGGAGGUCCCUUCCCCGCCGUCCCCGCGGGUUCCCCCUCCUCAGGGGUUUUGAGCCCCAUGUCCCUCAAGCACCUGAGCUUUCUGCUGAGGCUGAUGCGCUCGCACCACCAAGAGUUUGCACUCCUGCUCGGCGUGCUGCGCUGGACCCUGGACACCGACGGGAGGUCGUGGCCGCCGCCCCGGGUAGACCCCGAGGAAGCGGCCUCCAGCCUCGUGGCAUUGCUGUUGUCACCCGAGGUCCUCAAGAUCUCUUUUUGUGAGGACCAGGAUAUGCCAGAUGUGUUCACUUUCAAUACGUCAACUGUGAGAGAAGACUUUCAGGAACUUCGCAGCCGCUAUUGCAACCUGACAAGCAAGGAAGCCGACAUGCUCUCGAUGGAGCUCAAGAGACAAGUGAAUAUCAGGAAGGUUGCUGAAACGCUUGCCCUCGACCAGUGGAACCUGACAGUUGCUCACAAAAGAAUCUCAAAGUUAGCUGCUGACCUACACAAGUUCAACCUUUUUGAGACUGCCGUGCAAGAGAUUUCUGAACUAGCCCUGGAGCUGCCCCAAGACGCCUGCCACACCCUGAAGGACACCAACUCCACCGCACCGGUGAACGCUUCCAUCACGGACGAGAAUGCCACGGCAUCGGAGAGCCCCGAGAUUAUAGACAAGGUCAAGAAGACCAGGCCCCAGUACGGGCUUCUCAGGAUUUGGCUUGGGAUGCAGCGCAUGAUCUGUGGGAAAGUAGGGAAGUCCCCGGAGUCUGUUUCUGGCGACGGUGAAGACAUCAACCUCAAUGACAUUGGAAUAUCGGAGUACCAGAAGGAGCAGAUUGGAAUUUUGGUUCAUGUGCUUUAUAGCAACCCUAAAGUACUUUACACACCAAACAACACCGCAGCCAAUUCCAUCGUUGAAAAGGCCAAUGAGACAUUUGAGCUCCUUGACACUGUGACACAGUAUGCUAAGAAGAUGCUCAACAUUUCACGGGACAUCAGGGACUACCUGGCACAGAAUACCAGCGACCAUUCGUUGGCUGUGCUGAGACAUAUCAGGGAGAACCUGAGGCGUUACCCGCUCGUCUUUGAGGUGGCGCGCAGCGAGGCGCUGCGCGAGUUUUCGCUGGGGGGGGGCGGGGCCUCGGUCAUCGAGGACAAGGAAGCCUUUGUGCGCCGGCUGGACGUGAUCGACAACGGGGCCUGCUCUUGGAUCGCCCUCAUGUCGGGCCUCAGCCUCAACAUGUUCCGUGGCUUCAGCACGGAGGAGGACCUCAUGGCCUACUUCAAGGGCAGGGCAUACUUCGACAACGUCACCGUCCUCGCAAGUGUACUGUUCCAGAUGGAUGCAAACGGUUCUAUGCCACGUCACAUGAGCUACACAAUACGCCAGAAUGCGUCGUUUACGCCAACGACCAACCUGAUGCGCAGCCGCUUCUGGUUCCCGGGUCCCCGCAACUGGGGCUACGAGUAUUACCAGUUUGGAUUCGUGUGGCUGCAGGACAUCCUGGAGCGCGCCAUGGUGAACUUGUACACUGACAAAGAUGUCACGGAACCUGGGACAUACAUCCACCAGUUCCCGUAUCCAUGCUACAUCCAGGAUCAGUUUCUCUUCAUGAUUGAGCAUGUCAUGCCACUAUGCAUGGCUAUAUCUUGGGUCUACUCCGUGGCAAUGCUGGUCCAGAACGUUGUUUACGAAAAAGAGAAGAGGCUCAAAGAAGUGAUGAAAACGAUGGGCCUCAACAAUGCAGUCCACUGGCUUGCCUGGUUCAUAACCAGCUUCAUUCAAAUGACCAUCACGGCGGCUGUCCUCACCGCCGUACUCAAAUAUGGCCGCGUCCUAACCUACAGCAACCCGUUAAUUUUCUUCCUCGUUCUUGAGACAUUUGUGGUGGCCAACAUCACCUUUUCGUUUCUGGUGAGCGUGCUGUACUCAAAGGCCAAGCUGGCAGCUGCCUGUGCUGGCAUCGUGUACUUUCUCACCUACGUACCCUACAUGUACAUUGCUGUGCGCGAAGAGGCGGCACACAACAACAUCCCCGCCUGGCUAAAGAGCCUUGCUUCGCUGCUGUCGACGACUGCUUUCGGCUUGGGCGCCAAGUACUUUGCCUUCUACGAGGAAGUGGGCGUCGGAGUGCAGUGGGCCAACCUGAGCAUCUCUCCUCUGGAGGACGACGACUUUAGCCUCGGCCACGUGGCCGCCAUGAUGCUGGUGGAUGCGUUCAUCUACUCCCUCCUCGUCUGGUACAUCGAGAAUGUGCACCCCGGGUCUUAUGGGCUGCCCAGGCCCUGGUAUUUUCCGCUGACCCACAGCUACUGGUUUGGGGGCGGCAGGUACGAGGCCGAAGAGGUGAAUUCCCUGCGCUCCUUCUGGAGGAAGCUGCUCCGCAAGCACGGAGCUGCGCUCUCAGUCACCGAGGAGGAACAGGCCUGUGCCAUCGACAGCAGGAUGUUGGACAGCGGAUAUUUCGAGCCUGAUCCAACAGAGUUGCCCCUUGGAGUUUGCAUCGACAAUCUCGUGAAGAUCUACAAGGAUGGCAAAAAGCUGGCUGUCAACAGGCUGAGUCUCAACUUGUACGAGGGGCAGAUCACCUCCUUCCUUGGACAUAAUGGAGCUGGAAAAACAACGACUAUGUCAAUAUUGACAGGACUGUUCCCACCAACGUCUGGCUAUGCCCUGAUCUAUGGGCGCGACAUCCGCACAGAGAUGGACGUCAUCCGGCAAAACAUGGGCAUGUGUCCUCAGCACAAUGUGCUCUUUGACGAACUGACAGUGGAGGAGCACCUUUGGUUCUAUGCCCGGCUCAAGCAAACCCCAGACAGCAACAUCAAGGACGAGACCGAUAAGAUCAUUCAAGAUCUGAGUCUGCCACUGAAGAGGCACAGCAAGGUGGACUGCCUCUCUGGAGGCAUGAAGCGCAAGCUCUCGGUGGCCAUUGCCUUCGUGGGUGGCUCGCAUGUGGUCAUCCUCGAUGAGCCCACUGCCGGCGUGGACCCGUACUCACGGAGGGCCAUUUGGGACCUCAUUCUCAAAUACAAGAAAGAGCGCACAAUCCUGCUGUCAACCCACCACAUGGACGAGGCAGACGUGCUGGGGGACCGCAUUGCGGUCAUCUCGCACGGGCAGCUGCGCUGCUGUGGAACAUCCCUGUUCCUCAAAAACAACCUGGGCAAGGGCUACCACCUGACCCUGGUCAAGCAGCCCCCACAACACCACUCAGGGGACUGUGGAGUGGAGAGCUGCGAAAGGGCGGUGACGAGCUUCAUCCGCCGGCACGUGGAGACUGCAUCGUUGGUGUCGGAGACGCAGCAUGAGCUGCACUACAUUCUGCCGCUGCUGGAGCUGAGGAAGGGCAGCUUUGAGAAGCUCUUCUCAGCCCUGGAGGCGAGCCUGGGCUUCCUAGGCAUCUCCAGCUACGGCAUCAAGAACACCACCCUGGAGGAGGUCUUCCUCAAGGUGGCCGAAGAGGCCAGCCGCUCGGACUCCGAGAGCUUCGAUGAGCCCCCGAAGAAGCCAGAGGUCGUUUCUUCAUCGAGGUCAAGCCGCGCGCCCUGUGCGGAGGAGAAACAGCCACUGACGGAUUUCGGGUACAGCCUGAGCGAGCUGUCCAGUGGUGCUGGCGAUGAGGCUGGCCAGUGGAACGGAUUCUCGAGCCUGGGAGAGGAGGUGACGGGCAGCUGGGAGGGCAGCGGCCAGCGGGUGGAGGGCAAGCUAUUGCUGCUGCAGCAGCUGAGUGCCAUCCUGCUCAAGCGCUACUACUGCACCCGGCGCAACUGGAAGGGCCUCUUCUCCCAGAUCCUGCUGCCCGCCUUCUUUGUGGGCGUGGCCAUGUCGGUGGCCCUCACGGCGCCCCACGUGGAGGACCCCCCUCCCCUCGUCCUGUCCCCCUCGCGCUACUACAACUACACCCAGCCCAGGGGCAAUGUGGUACCUUACGCCUUCCGGGACCACCCCAGGCCCAGGUGGGACUCGGAUGCGGAUGCCCGCCAGUUGGCCAUGACUCUGCGUCUGCCAUCGGGUGUAGGGGCCACAUGCGUGCUGCUGUGGCCCAUCAACGAGACUAUUGGGAUUCCCGUGCAGCCGUCUCAGGCCAACUACUCGGACCGUUCACUGGACUUGGACGCCUUUGAGCCCGAGUGUCGCAGCGUGUUCGUCCCGGGACUGCCCCUGGACAAUUUCGUGCCCCCGUUGCCCACUCCCGAGAGCCCCACGGGGACGGAGUCUGAGGAGGGAAUUGCGCUGUCGGGGACGUCAUCUGUCGCGCGGCACAGCUCAAAGCAUGUGAAGAGUGGCCAGGAGCGCUUCUAUCCUUACUGCCAGUGUUCUUCGGACAAGACGAACUACGUCUGUGAGACGCACGGCUACCGCGACCCCCCGAUGUUCCAGGCCCUCACAGGCGACAUCCUGCUCGACAUCAGCAGCCAGAACGAGCACGAGUAUUACCUGUACACCACGGACAUGUACCGUCUCCGCAGGUACGGAGCAUUCUCCUUUGGCCUUUCUCGGGCCUACGUUCCUCCAUCUUUUGGCAAGGAUGCUCCUGCACUGUUUCAGAAGAUUGCGGUCCGUGAAGUGGCCAAGGUCUGGUACAACAAUAAAGGAUACCAUGCCAUGCCCACCUACGUGAACAGCAUCAAUAAUGCUAUCUUGAGGGCAAAUCUCCCACCUGAAAAAGGGCAUCCUUCUGCUUACGGCAUCACCGUGAUCAACCACCCCAUGACAGACACUUCGUUCCUGCUCUCGAAGGAUCAAAUCCUCCAAGGAACGGAUGUGCUCAUCGCCAUCUUUAUUAUUGUGGCCAUGUCCUUCGUGCCGGCCAGCUUCGUCCUGUUCCUGGUGUAUGAGCGCUACACCAAGGCCAAGCACCUGCAGAUUGUAAGCGGUGUCAACCCCAUCGUGUACUGGCUGGCCAACUACUUCUGGGACAUUUGCAGCUAUGUGGUGCCUGCAACAUGCUGCGUUCUCAUUCUCCUCAUCUUCGACAUACCCGCCUAUACGUCGGCGAAGAACUUUCCAGCCGUUCUCUCGCUCUUCCUUAUGUAUGGGUGGUCUAUCACACCAGUCAUGUACCCGGUGUCUUUCCUCUUCAAGGAGCCCAGCACAGCCUACAUUUUUCUGAUUGUGAUAAACCUGUUUGUAGGAAUCACUUGCAUUGUCACCAGCUUCCUACUGGAAGUAUUUUCCUACGAUGCUUACCUUGGGGAAGUGCAUCAUCUCCUCAAGACCAUCUUCCUGAUGUUCCCAAACUACUGCCUAGGAAGGGGUCUCAUGGACAUUGCCUUCAACGAAUAUCAGAACUUCUUUCUCUUCAAGACAGGUCGUUACGACAGGAUGAGGUCUCCUUUUGCCUGGGACUUGGUGACCAGGAACCUGCUGGCCAUGGCACUGUCGGGAAUGCUUUUCCUUAUCCUCACCCUACUUCUGGAGUUCAACUUUUUUCUCAAGCCAAAGAAAGUGUGUGUGCCCGAGGGUCUCAAUCUGGAAGAAGAUGAGGACGUGCGAAACGAAAGGAGGAGAGUCCUGAAUGGCCGAACAAACACCGACGCACUCUGCCUUAUGAACCUCACAAAGGUUUAUCAUGCAAGGAAGCUGGGAAAGCAUUUGGCAGUAGAUAGACUGUGCCUCAGAAUACCAAAAGGAGAGUGCUUUGGAUUGUUGGGAGUGAACGGAGCGGGGAAGUCGACCACCUUCAAGAUGCUCACGGGUGACACCGAGAUAACCUCCGGAGAUGCAUUCCUCAAUGGUUACAGCGUUUCUCGUGAGUUGAACAAGGCCCAACGGUUCAUUGGCUACUGCCCCCAGUUUGAUGCGUUGUAUGACGAGCUGACAGCCAAAGAACAUCUUCGUCUGUAUGCCAGGUUCCGAGGAAUCCCAGUCAAGGAGGAAAACAGGGUAAUCGAGUGGACCCUCCAGAAGCUGGGAUUGACGUCGUAUGCGGAUCGUGUUGUGGGGACGUACAGCGGCGGCAACAAGCGCAAACUCUCGACGGCCAUUGCCCUGCUGGGAGGACCUCCAGUCAUCUACCUGGACGAGCCCACCACUGGCAUGGAUCCAUACACGCGCCGCUUCCUCUGGGACCUCAUUCAGGAUCUAGUACGUGGGGGCCGCUCCGUCAUCCUCACUUCGCACAGCAUGGAGGAAUGUGAGGCCCUUUGCACCCGGCUGGCCAUCAUGGUAAACGGGCACUUCAAGUGCCUGGGCAGCAUCCAGCACCUCAAGAACCGCUUUGGCGAGGGCUACUGCAUCACUGCACGCACCAAGGGAGCGUCGCACGAUGCCAUCUCGGCCUGGUUCCACAGGGUCUUCCACAAUGCCACUCUCAAGGAGCAGCACUUCAACAUGCUCCAGUAUGAGCUGAAGUCUGAAAACAUCUCCUUGGCAUACGUCUUUUGCCAAAUGGAACAAGCCCUCGGGGAACUUCCCAUAGAGGAAUAUUCCGUGUGCCAAAACACCUUAGACAAUGUGUUUAUAAACUUUGUGAAGCAGCAGUCCGAAAGGGGCCGCGAGCCCGGGGCAUGGUCUGCGGGCAAGCGCAGCUUGGUCGCCUCCGGCCAGAGGGGCCGCCCUCCCCUUCCUCUGGACGACACCAUUGGGGACAGCGACGAGGAUGAAGACAUCCAGCAGCGCCUCCAGCGAUCCCAGAGUCACUUGGCCUUCCUCAACAUGGAUGUGGACUGUUGAGGUCCGCCACCGCCUAGUGCGCCGACCGAGCAAGACGAGAGAAAUGGUCCCUCGUAGAAGCUGCCUCUGCAUAAUCGACAUUCUACUCGCUGCCCCUCGUGAUCGGGCGUUUUGGCCUACCGGGGGCUCCGACCGUGACCGGACGACGGCUGCCGCCACUUAUUGUGAUCUUUUCUACUUGGUCUCGUGGUAUUUGUCCUUUUUCUAAGUCCACACAUUCAUUCUAGUCAACUCGCUUACUUUUGAUUUUUUGCUACUGCCCACGAGAGUCCACUGCCGCCAUACUUAUGCAUUAGCAUGCCGUACAUUAAAGGUGGUCACAUAGAAUUGUUUUCUGCCAGUGCCUCAGGUCUGUGUACUUGUCACACCCGCCUUCUCAUCUCGUUUUUCAUCGAGCCCUUAGAAUUGUGAAGUUUUUUUUCGUGUACCUCUCAUACUUACCAAGAACUUUCGAGCAAGAGUUGCGGCUUAACAGCACGCUUAAGGAUGAGGGAAUUUGUGACAAGAAUGACGGCCAGGCCUCUGAAGCACCUUCGGUAAAAUUAUUUUGUGACAGUUUGGACCGAAGAUGGGGCCGAGGCUUGAAGAAUAUCGAGAUUGAGAACUGGUCGGAGGCUGCUUCUUAGUGCGAUUUCGGCCGUUAGGCAACAACAUUCACGGCAGCGGAACAAAGAGUGGGCUUUGUCUUGGGUCGAUACCUGUGCUUGUGCGAAAAGGAAACCCCUAUAUAAAAUAUUUGUUCUUAGUCUAGUUUGUUUUUUCAUUAUUUUGUGGUACGGGGCUAGUUUCUGCGGCAUAAAAGUGCUGCUUUUAUAAAAUAAUAAACAGCAUUUUAUGGUUAUAGAGCAUUUACAUAUUUCCCGAAUCAUAUUUAAUGGACAAAUGCAAUUUGCAUUUAUGGACUACCAGUAAAGCAAAAGGGCACAUCAUCCAGUGUAUCCUGCAGGCGAAGCCGGGAGACAGGAAUGGCACCCAGACUGCACGCUGGCAUUUCUGGCAUGAUCGUGCAGAGAAUUCGGAGGUGCAGAGAAAUGUUGCCGAAUGUGUUUGGAGACGGCCUCCUUUUUUUCUACAAAGCCUGUCAAUCCCACAACGAAGCCAUUGAGCGCGUGGCUGCCGGAAAAAGGCGAGGAGCAGUGCCAAACAUACACCCAUAUGGUAGCGCAUAGCCACUUUUACGUCACCCCAAAAGUGGCUCUGCGCCAGCAAUGCGCACGGUGGUCUCUCCACAGAAUAACAACAAACCGUAACGGAGAAAAAGAGAAAGGAGGCUAUGGGUGCAUGAAGAAACAGGGAAGGGGCUGAAGAAAGGAGGGUCUACGCAAAAUGUUUUCCUUUCCUGAAAACAACAUAACAAAAAGGAGCAUGUUCGUCUUUCCGGAUUUUACCGCUGAGGCAUUGCUUGGGGCUGCCAGAAAGAGCACGCCCUUUUCUAUCUCUUCUAACAGCGGCCACAUUCUUUCGCGAUUUGACAGGCUUUCCAGAAUAAAGGAGGCUAUGGUUUGGAAUGUCGGGUGUUACGAUAGCCUGGUGAAACUUCUAUGGAACCUGGGCUCCGUGCAAUGGCAAGUCACAAAUAACCUUACGAUAAUUCAAUCGUAAUGUGCAAACAAAGAAAAAAAAAAAAAGAUUUCAGUCCGACAUUUGCUUAUGCAUGGUUUUCCCAACACGUGCAUAAACAAACCAACUGAAAAGGAUUAAAAAAACAAA